AUGAUUGGGUAUUGCUAUGAGAUAGCACAUAAAGAUGUUGAGUACCAAGGAAAAUUGGUUUGGUCUCAAGUAAUAGAUCGAGCUCUCUGCUUUGAAUAUAUGAAGGGAGGAAGCCUUGCCAAGCAUAUUUCUGCCGAGUCAUGCAUACAUAAUUGGCCGAUCACGUACAAAAUAAUUAAGGGGACAUGUGAGGGCCUCCACCACCUUCAUAAAGGAGGAGAAAAGAAGAUUUUUCAUCUAGACUUAAAGCCGGAUAAUGUAUUGCUGGAUGAAGAAUUGGUGCCUAAAAUAGGAGAUUUUGGUUUGUCCGAGCUCUUUGGGUCCUCGUAUACCCACCAACAAAGCAGCACGAAAGGAACAAUUGGGUUCAUGCCACAAGAAUAUAUACACAAUCGCAAGGUGUCACCCAAGAAUGACGUGUUCAGUCUCGGAGUCAUAAUUUUCCACAUAAUGGUGGGAGAAAAGGGCUACAGCGAUUAUUGGGAUGCGCGCCGUCGUCCAAAUUUUUCCUCAAAAAUUCAACAUAAGUUUAUUGAGAGUGUACAAGAAUAUUGGAAGAAAAAGAUGGAGACAAUGGAAGGUUAUAGAUGGGACGAAACAGAUCUGCUAGGAGUAACGAGAUGUAUUGACAUGGCAAUGCGUUGUGUGGAGGACGACCGAGACAAAAGGCCUUAUAUAAAGGACAUUAUCAACGAGCUCAACAAACUAGAUUCUGAAGUCUCAGAGAUGUUAAAGAAAGAUCCGAAACCACCUAUUGGCCAGCUGGUAUAG